AUGGCCAGCACGCGCGGCUCCAGGUCGCCGCCCGGCAACAAGCGCAGCACCAAAGCUGUUCAGCGGCCGCAGCAGCAGGACGAGGGGCAGUCACAGCUAGCGGGUGUGAAAGCAGGAAAAGAAAGCAUGCCCGCGGCUGACGCUGCACAGCCAGUGCAGUCCCCGCAGAGCCCUUCAAUGAACGUAGCCGCAGCACCAUCAGCAGCAGCGGAAGCACUGCAGGCCACCGCAGCACAUGCAUCUGCAACUGCGCCUACAUCAAACGGCACCAGUACGCCGGUUGGUGCGGGCGGCGUCGCAUUGCCUGUGACCAGCAGCGGGAGCGGCAUUGGUGCGCCCCCGGCCGUUGAGGCGCGCGUCCCGGACCCAGAAGAUCAAGGGUGGGUGGUUCUCCCACCACCGCCGCCGCCGCCAUCUUUGGCAUCAACAACCGCAACGGAUGAUGUGCCACCCGCAGCAGCAGCAGUAGUGUCGUUGACACCACCGGGCAGCAAGCGUGGUAGGGGGCGCAAGAAGGAGGAAAUCGCGGCCACAGGAAGCAGCACCAGCCGGAAUGAUGGUUGCAUGAGCGAGGCAGACGUAGCGGAGCGCGUGUUUGGUCUGCUCCUUGACAAGCUCAGAGCGUACCGCUACAAAUCCGAAGAAUCGGGCAGUCUGUGGAAGCAGAUCAGCUCUGUCCUGGAGUUUUGCCCGGAUCGCCAGGCGGAUCCAGAGUAUUACCAAAAGAUCGAGCGACCGAUAUCGUUGUCGAGCAUCGAGACGCGCGUCAAAGCGCGCGAAUACGCCGACGGCGCGGCGUUCGAGCAAGACAUGAUGCAGCUAUUUGAAAAUGUUCGCUCCCUCUUCGACGCUCGUACGGACAUCUACGGCGAGAUGCUCGUGUUGCAGCGCUUCUACCAGGAGCUCGUCACGUGGCGCAAAGGCUCCAACCUGGCCGAAGUCGAGGCGCACAUCGAUGCCGUCGCUAGCGCCGGCAUGGACGACCGUACUUUCUUCUGCACCGUCCCAGUCGGCCCCGGCUACGCGACGCAGCCCCCACCCGGGUUCGGCGAGGGCAUGGGCGCCGAGCUGCUGCCGUCGACGACGGCGCAGGCGGUGCUGGCGUCGCGCAUCAGCGCGCGCGACAAGGUCCUCUACGAGCACGCCGUCUUCAAGGGUCACACAUUCCGCGCCGGGGACUGGGUCCACAUGAUCAAUCCCUCAGAACCGGCCAAGCCGAUCAUCGGUCAGGUCUUCAAGGCGUUCCAGCGCCACGACCAGCCGGGGCAGUACCAUCUGACUGUCUGCUGGUAUUACCGCCCCGAGGACACGGUGCACCCGCCGUCACGCCAGUUCUUUGAGAAUGAGGUGUUCAAGACGGGGAUCAUGGUGGACCACAGGAUCCAGGAUGUGCUCGAGAAGACGUGCGUCAUGUUCUAUACGCGCUACAUCCGCGGGCGGCCCGUACCGGAGCCUCGGCCACGGAGCGACAAGAGCAGCGGCGCCAGCCGCAGCAGCACCGAGCCGUACGUGACGGAGAGCAGGUAUAACGAGCAGCAGCGCAUAUUCAACAAGAUCAAGAGCUGGAACAGCUGCGUGCCCGAGGAGGUGCGCAAGACCGAGAUGCCCAUGGUUCUGUUCGACAAGCCCAUGCCCGCGCCACCGCGCUUCGACUCGCCCUUCCUCGCCUCGUCCAGAAAGCCUGGCGUGCCGCCUGCCAAAGGGCCCGGCUUGCUUUGCCGCGAGGAGGAUGUAAAGAAACCCGGCGCCGUCGCCGCCGGCGGCGGCAACGGCGAGCACGAGUUCCCGGACUUGUUCAAGGUUGCCAGCGGGCAUGGCGCCGCUGCUGGCGCCGCUGCUUCGGGCGAGGAGAACGGCGACUCGACCAGCCGCAAGCGCAAGCGCGAACGAGAGCGUGAGCGCCGCGAAGCGAAGCGCGCUAGGGAGCUGCAGAUGCAGCAGCAGCAGAUGCAGAUGCCGCACCUCAGUAGCGGCGGUAUGGACGUUGUGCACGGGCUUCAAGCGCAGCAGCAGCAGCUGCACCAUGCCGACACGCCGGCGGCGCAUGCGAAGAUUUACCGCGACCUCGCCGGCCAGCUGGCGCAUCGCAUCGGCCCGCAAGCUGCCGGGCACGUUGAGGCGCUACUGACCGGCCCGCAGGGUAUGGGCAUCGACCUGCGCCAGCUUGCGCACUCGCUCGGCCCUUCGGCCGACGUGCAGCUUCUCGCGCAUCUUCGCGACGCUGCAAGUCGCGCCGGACUCAUCAACAGCGCCGCUUCACUUCCGGGUCAUCCCCACGUGCACGUGCACGGCCAUCCGCCAUCCGCCACCGGCACCCUCGGCGUCUCGGGUCUGUCGGCGUCAGACGUUUAUGCAGCAGCUGCAGCUCCGGCCAUGCCAAGCAACAGUGCAGGACCCGGUGCCGUUGCCGUCGACGGGCUCGGACUCGAUGCCAGCGUCAUGUCAGCCAUGCACGGCUCGGAAGCGUUUUUCGAUAGCAUCUCCGUCGAGGCGCGCGCGCUCUUCGCGCGCGAUCCCGUCACGGACCAGCCGCUGUGGUUCGCCGGCGCGCCGCUCGACGUCGGCGUCAAUGCUGCCGCGGCGGUACCCGUCGACCAGCUUCUGCGCUCACCGACGCCGAGCCUCGAGUACGUCUACCACCACGCCAUACGCGAGUCGGCGGCGACCAGCAGCCAGGGCAAUGCUAGCUCGCCGCUCACACCCAGCUCGCUGUCCGAAAGCGGCGAGUGGGGCGACGACGCGUACGGCAUACGCUUUGCUUCGUUCAGCGGUAGCGGUGGCACUGGCAGCAUGCUCCCUCUCUCACCGGCCACGACGGCGUUCUCACUGCACGAAGGCGACGCGAGCGCGGCGUUUAGCACGCCAGAUGAUGUUGAUCAGCUGUUGAAGUACGCCGACGCCCACGUCGCGGCCGACGGCCCGUCGAUUCAUGUCCAGCACGCGCUCAAGGGGCUCAGCCACAAGCAGCAGCAGCACCACCAACAUCACGCGUUCACGGCGGCGGCGCUGACGCCUGGUGCGCCAUCGGAGCACGAGCACGCGUUCGGCACGCCGGAUCUGUUCCAGUCUGAUUUCUCCAAGAUUUAUGACGGGGCACAUUACACUCCUCUCUCCGCUUUUCUCGGCGUUGAGGAUUGA